GUCAUAUCACGGUCCUUCACGCGCCUCACCCACUCAAAGGCUGCGAUUUAACACGCAAUUGUGAGCCAUGUUCUCAGCAACACUGGGGACCUUUGUGGUCGGCGGUGUGCUCUGGGCUUCCCUCAGCAAACAGUGUCUGGAACCAACGUGCUAUCUCUCGCGCGGUAUAGCCAUCGGCAUAGCCUGCAGCACAUGGCUUCUGCUCUACAACAUUGUUUUGUAUCCUUUCUAUCUCAGCCCUCUCCGACAUCUUCCGAGCCCCAAGCAGCGCCCUCUCCAUCGCCGUCUGCUAGACGAGGCGAGUUACGCCACGCUCGUCAGAUGGAUCAACGAGAUACCGAAUGACGGUCUGAUCCGCUACUACGGCUUCCUCAAUGCAGAGCGAGUGCUUGUUACGACGCCGCAAGGCUGCAAAGAUGUACUUCAGACCCAGGGAUACAACUACAUCAAGCUCCCGUGGGCUUUGGAGGUCAUGGGUCAAUUUGCGCCUCGCGGUAUCCUUGUCGCACCGCCCCAUAGACACAAGAUUGAUAGAAAGCUCCUUCAGCCAGCAUUCAAGUUCAAGUACAUCAAGAGCUUAUCUCCGAUAUUUUGGGCCGAGGGGGCCAAGUUUCUCAAUGCCAUUGAGAAAGAACUCCGUGAUGCUGGAACCGGCAUCAUAGACAUUGGAGCGAGACUCCAUCACGUUACCUUGGACAUUAUCACACUGACCUCUUUCGGGGCUUCCAUCAAUGCUGUCGAGAACCCAACGUCGACCAAAGUCAAGCACUUCAGAAAUCUCUUUGCCACCAAGAAGGACCAUUUGAUCUAUCGCCGCAAUGCAUUUCUUCUCCCGUAUUUCAUCUAUCGGCGACUACCGGUCAAGGCCAGACACGAGAUCAUGACGGCGCGGGAUGUGAUUGCGGAUUUUAUCCGGCCGUUGAUCCAACAGCGACGGAAAGAUGCGAAAGAUGCAAAAGAGGGAACUUCGGAGCAGUACACGCAGGGCGACAUUAUCGCAACCCUGCUGCAGUCGGGAGAGACGUUUUCCGACGAUUACUUGAUUGAUCAGUCAAUGAACUUUAUGGUGGCCGGCCAAGAAACCACGGCAACCGCUGUUACGUUUGCCCUCUACUCACUAUCCCAGAACCCCGAGUUUCAGAGCCGUCUUCGAGAGGAGGUCCGAGAAAAGCUUCCUUCGCCAUCUACAAACACAGAGGUCGACGCGGGGCUCGUCGAGUCGCUUCCCUAUCUGACCGCCGUCUGCAACGAGGUCUUGCGUCUGUUUUCGCCCGUCGUUUAUUGCCACCGACAGACCACGGCGCCUAAUACGACGAUCGGCCCCGUACCCAUUCCGCAAGACACGGUAGUCACGGUGGCUCCAGGAGUGAUUCACGAAUCUCGACAGGUCUGGGGAACCCGAGCCGGUCAAUUCGACCCGGAGCGAUGGUUGACGAGAAAGGAUGGAGAAGUCAAGGUUGAUCCUCUCGGAGGGACGAAUGACCCAUGGGCCGUUAUGCCCUUUACCUACGGGCCUAGGCAGUGCAUCGGCGAGAGGUUUGCCAGGGGCGAGAUGAUGUCCCUUGUUGCGCAGUUGGUUGGCAGGUUCGAGUGGAAGUUCAAGGGGAUUGGAAGAAAUGGCGAUAGGCCCAUGAGUAUUGUUCACACCGUGGUUGCUGGACCAGCUGGAGGUGGUGUUACCAUGUAUGCCAAUCGUAUCGGCGGGUGGUGAUUGAUGGCGGCGGUGGCGCUCGUGUGAGGCAUGUUUGCGACGACCAGGGCUUUUGGGAAGGGUAUAGAGGCUCAUGAUGAAUGAUAGAUUACAUUGUGCAUUGGUUGUCUCGAUGAUCACUUGACUAACCUCUCCAGCUCUAUGGUGUGUGUUGUAGGGCCCCAAGUAGCUUCCUCUUCAUGGCCGUCUGCUG